CAUGUGCAGCAGAGAUCAAAAAACGUUACUAUGAUCUAGUAAAAGACUAUCACCCAGAUAAAAGUAAAGAUACUUCUGCAGUAGCAUUAGAACGAUUUCGUAAAGUGGUAGCAGCAUAUGAAAUUCUAAGUAACCCACGUAAAAAAGAUCUUUAUCUUCGAUACGGAUUUGGUUGGGAAGAACAACAAAAAAAUUCUUCUUCUACCAGCUCUUACAAUGGUAAUAAUGCUUCAAAAUCUUAUAAACCUCGAAGUUGGCACGACGAAGAUAGAUAUCACGGAGCAUUCAAUAAUAAUGAACCGAUAUUCAUGGCUAAUUCGUAUCUGGCUGCAUUUAUAAUAGCCACCGCGUUAUUUGGUGGAAUGAUUCAGCUACUUCGAUUAGAGAAUUCUAGUAUGUCGUUGAAAGCUGCUGCUGAUAGACAUCAUCUGCGGGCUAGUAAGAAUCUGAAAACUGUCAGACGGGAAGGACAGAUGUAUGCAGAGAGAAGAAGAGCGGAAAUUAUGUUGAUGGCGCAUUAUCUUAAUGGUUGGGAGACUGACGAGAAU